AUGUUAGCAUGUUCGUUCUAUACUCCUGAUGAUAUUUACGAAUGCAUUGAUGUAUCUCUAUCUAGAUCUAGUAGCAAUAUAGUAUUAACCUUAAUAGCAGCGCUUCAACGAGUCUUCAAACCUUUGCAAACAGAAAUUACGCCUAUUACCUUUGACGACAUAACUUUAUCUUCACUUCACAUUGCUGCUGCACUGAAUGACGUGGAUUCUGUAUCUAACUUUGUUCAGAGCAACAAAGCUAAUAAAUUGUGUGGCAUUAAGCGUUUCUUUGAAGAGGACAAAUCUCCACUUUAUUAUGCUGUAAUUUAUGCUGCUGAUGAUGUAGUUCAUUAUCUAGCUCAGGAAGUAGAUAUAGCUGUUGAGUCGAAGUGUUUAGAGAUCAUAAAAACUAUAACAGAAUACUCUGAUUGCAAUUUAUUGUGUAAAAAUGUCAAAGGCCUCACGCCGCUUCAUUUGGCUUGUGAAUCAGGAUGCUUAGACAUUGUGCAGCAUUUUAUAAAUGAUAAAGAGAUUGAUGUUAAUAUUCCAACUUCAACUUUGGAUUCUCCUUUGCACAUUGCUUGUAAAAAUUGUCACCUUCACAUAGUUAAAUUUUUAACUAAUAAAUGUGACAUUGAAGCAGUAAAUCGAAACGGUGAUAGACCCAUUCAUGUAGCUGUUCAGUCUGUCAGCAUUGAUGUCGUUAAACAUCUUAUGAGCAGAAACUGCUGUCUCAAUGAAAAAGGUAAAAAAGGUCACACGCCACUACAUUAUGCAUGCAUGGUGGAGGGACUAGGGGAUGGCUUUGAACUUGUUAAAAUACUUACCAGUGAUUCUCAAUGUGAUAUUAAUGUUUUAGAUAAUUUUAACGAAGGGCCUAUACACAAAGCAUCACAUUUUGGCAAUUUGGAUAUUGUUUGUCAUCUUAUGAGCAUUAAAGGCAAAAAAUGUACCUUUAAAGCUAAAGGUGAUGGGGGUACCCCUUUAGAGAUAUCAUUGAAAAAAAGAAACUUUGACAUUGCAUCUUUUUUAUUGUCAAAAUAUUCUCCAGACGAGUGUGAAGUCCUUGCUGCAAACAACGAAAAGAUUAAAUUUUUUCUUGAUAUUCAAAAAUUACACACUAGUAAUGCAAUUAUACCCUUACGCAUUGUCAAGUGUAUUCUUACUGGUCCUCCUGGUGCUGGCAAGACAACUUUAAAGAGGCGUUUCUAUGAUGAACCACUUCCAAAAAACUACAGUAGCACUGGAAUUGUAGAUGCUUCAGAAUCAUUGGGUUCUUUUCGUCGUUUGUCACAACAGAGUGCUCAUACAUCAGCAGAAAGUGAGGUUGCUCAAUGGAGAAAACAAGAGAAAGAUGAUAAAGUUUUUUAUCAGUUUCAAAAUCUUAUACAACAAAAAAAAUUACACAGCUGGUAUAAUGAAGAAAAAGAAAAGUCUCUCGUUGCAUCAAAAUCUGAAAUUAAGAAUUCUCUUUCUACUGCAGGCCCUAAUUUCGAUUUAUCUGUUAAAAAACCUGCUGAUGCACACAGUCAAGAUAUAAAACUAAAUACUAAACCUAAAAAUACUCUAAGAAGUGAUAAAGGUGUUGCAAUGCUAGCAAAUAACUUGAUGUCUCUCUCUAGCAGUGAAAGAAAGCAAUGUGAAGAUAAAUUUAGAAAAGUUCACCAAACUUGUAGUGAAGACUACACAGAGCUAUGUAUCUUUGACACAGGUGGUCAACCAGAGUUUCAUGAGAUAUUACCAGCUUUAAUAUUUGGUCCAGUUAUUGUUAUUGUUGUAUUUAAAGUCACUCAAAGCUUACAGCAACGUUACACUAUACAAUACGUUUCGCCCAAUGGGACAAAAUCAAGCCCUUAUGAGACUUCCUUGACUCAUGAAGAAGUAAUAUUUCGUUCACUAGGUAGCAUUGCUUCUUUAAGAAGUAGUACCGCUGAAUGGGGGCUUGGAGAAUCAUCAAUUGAAGACAAGUCUACCUCAUCAGCUUUUCUUGUUGCUACACACAAAGAUUUAGCAAAUGUUGAUCAAGUAGCUAAAGUAAAUGAUGAACUGAAGAAGAAAAUUAAAUCUAGUUCACAUCUGCUAAACAGUAAUAUUGUUCAAUUUUGUGGUGCCAAAGCUGAUUUUUGUAUCUUUCCAAUAGACACUAGAGAAGGUGACAUAAGCAAGUUACGUACUGCAAUAUCUGAUGUUAUGAAAAGGCAGUUUUUUCAGUGCCCACUUCAGAUAUCAUGGUAUAUGUUUAGCAUAAAGCUUCAAGAAAGCAAGAGGAAGCAUUUUUUGUAUGACGCAUGCUUUAAACUGGCUGAGAGUUGUGGUAUUGUUAAUGAAGAUGAAUUUAAAACGGCACUUUGGUUUUUGCACUAUAGAGUAGGUAUAAUAAUGUAUUACCCUACAGUCAAGGGGCUAGAGAAUGUGAUUUUUACUGAUCUACAGUUUGUGUUUGACAGAAUUACAAAACUAAUCAUUAACUGUUUUACUAACAAUGAAGAAGUGAGGAAUGCUUCAGUUGUACACAAUUUUCAAAACAAUGGUACAUUCACAAAAUCUGCCUUGAACGAGUUAUGUGCACGGGAUAAAGGUGAUCCACUUACCUUUGACAGGCUUGUGGCUUUGUUGGAACAUCUUUAUGUUGUAGCACCAAUGGAAAAUCAAGAAUAUUUUAUGCCAUGUGCUCUUAAGCCAGUAGACAUAAGGUCAGCAAUUGAUAACCAAAAUUAUGAUAAAAUUUCUUCUUUGCUUAUUACUUUUGAGUGUGGAUAUGUUCCUGUUGGUGUCUUCUGUUGUUUGAUUGUUUACCUUCUUUCUUCAUCAGUGUGGACUCUGGCCAAGAAAGGAGCUCACUACCGCAACAAGAUGACAUUUAUUAUUGGAGAAUAUCAUGAUAUUGUGAUUUUACUGUGUCAUCCAACUUAUCUUGAAGUUCAAGUACAACCUCAGUACAAAUUGCGUGAUGAAUGCAAUGAUACAGAUAUAGUUGGGGACAUAUUUGAAACUGUAAACACUGGCCUACAGAAGAUAAUAGAAUCACUUCGUUAUGCUUAUGAGAUUAAAUUUGGUAUUCUGUGUGACUCUUGUUCUUUUUCUGCUCCUCAUCCUGCAAUCAUUAGUAAAAGUGUUAAGGUAGCUUAUUGUGAAUAUACAGCUAAAACAAUGAAACUGGAUUGCUGUCAUUUAUUAUGGUACAAUAAAAUAAAUCCUGACACUACUGAUACCUCAAAGCUUAUGGAAAAUGACACACAACCUGUUGACACAGAGGAAGAAAUUUAUGAUGCUGAAGUUGCUUGUUCUGUUUUGACACGUAGUAAUUCAGAUAUAAAACGAUCUCGAAUUAACUUAGAUGACCUUGCUGAUAUGAUGGUAGACAGCAGGAUCAUAACUACAAAAGAUAGGGAGUCUAUCACUGAUUCAAGGCGUUAUUCUGCUGAUGAAUCUUUACAACAAUUAAUAGGUCGUUUAAUAGACACAGUGAAUGUAGAUGGCAGUAUUUUUGAAUGUUUCAUUCAGUUUCUAAAAGAUCAAAAUACAAAACUCACUAGCAGUCUUGCUAUCAGAUUGUCAGCAAAGUACAAGGAAGAGCUGCACAAGAUUAAUGAACAAGCUGGUUCAAGCAAAAAGCCAAAACUUCUGUCUAACGAUGAGAAUAAGGAUAUCAAUGGAGAAGCCCUUGAUUCCAACAAAAGGUCCAGAGAUGAAGCAGAUGGUAAGUAUCUAGCUAAUUCUAAAAAACAAAAGACAUCUUCGUGUAGUUAAUUUUGAACUUAUUUUGGUAUAAUUAGUAUUUUUUAUAUUUUGUAUUUUUACUUUUUUGUUGCAAUUUCGAUGUUGAAAGUU